AUGAGCUCACUAAGCUACUCUCCUCCUGCUAAAGAAGAGGAGGUCUGCUGGACGGAGAAAGAGGGUCUGUGGCUGAACGUUGUCGUGAAAGAGGAGAAGGAAGAGGAGGAUGUCACAGCAAAGAAAGAAGGGGAGGAAGUUACAGUGAAGGAAGAGGAGGAAGUUACAGUGAAGGAAGAGGAGGAAGUUACAGUGAAGGAAGAGGAGGAAGUUACAGUGAAGGAAGAGGAGGAAGUUACAGUGAAGGAAGAUGAGGCUGUUACAGUGAAGGAAGAGGAGGAUACCGUUCUUGGAGUGAAGGAGGAGGGAGAGAUAACUGUCAUAUUGGAAGAAGAGGAGGAGAUUGGAGAUCUGAUUAACACCAGUAAGUCCUGUCUUAAAACAGAAGCACAACACUGCAGUUGUUGAACUAAAGGACAAGGUCGUGGGGGUAACGGAGUCACACUCCCACUAUCAAAUAAAAUAAAAUCAAGCUUUAUUUAUACAGCACAUUUCAGACAAGCUAAAAAGGUGUGUUUUUAAGAGCUAUUUUAAAAAUGUCCACAGUUUCGGCCCCCCUCAGGUUCUCUGGCUAUUCCAGAGGCUGGGGGCAUAGUAACUAAAGGCUGCCUCUCCAUGCCCCAGAGGCUGGGGGCAUAGUAACUAAAGGCUGCCUCUCCAUGCCCCAGAGGCUGGGGGCAUAGUAACUAAAGGCUGCCUCUCCAUGCCCCAGAGGGUGGGGGGAUAGUAACUAAGGCUGCCUCUCCAUGCCCCAGAGGCUGGGGGCAUAGUAACUAAGGCUGCCUCUCCAGCCCCAGAGGCUGGGGGCAUAGUAGCUAAAGGCUGCCUCUCCAUGCCCCAGAGGGUGGGGGCAUAGUAACUAAAGGCUGCCUCUCCAUGCCCCAGAGGCUGGGGGCAUAGUAACUAAGGCUGCCUCUCCAUGCCCCAAGCUGGGGCAUAUAAAACUAAGGCUGCCUCUCCAUGCCCCAGAGGCUUUGGGGCAUAGUAACUAAAGGCUGCCUCUCCAUGCCCCAGAGGCUGGGGGCAUAGUAACUAAAGGCUCCUCUCCAUGCCCCAGAGGCUGGGGGGAUAGUACUAAAGGGUGCCUCUCCAUGCCCCAGGGCUGGGGGCAUAGUAACUAAAGGCUUUCCUCUUUCCCUGCCCCAGAGGCUGGGCGGCAUAGUAACUAAGGCGCCUUCCAUGCCCCAAGGCUGGGGCUGUAACUAAGGCUUGCCUCUCCAUGCCCCAGAGGCUGGGGGGCAUAGUAACUAAAGGCUGCCUCUCCAUGCCCCAGAGGCUGGGGGCAUAGUAACUAAAGGCUGCCUCUCCAUGCCCCAGAGGCUGGGGGGCAUAGUAACUAAAGGCUGCCUCUCCAUGCCCCAGAGGCUGGAGGCAUAGUAACUAAAGGCUGCCUCUCCAUGCCCCAGAGGCUGGGGGCAUAGUAACUAAAGGCUGCCUCUCCAUGCCCCAGUAGGCUGGGGGCAUAGUAACUAAAGGCUUGCCUCUCCAUGCCCCAGAGGAUGGGGGCAUAGUAACUAAAGGCUGCCUCUCCAUGCCCAGAGGCUGGGGGCAUAGUAACUAAAGGCUGCCUCUCCAUGCCCCAGAGGCUGGGAGGCAUAGUAACUAAAGGCUGCCUCUCCAUGCCCCAGAGGCUGGGGGCAUAGUAACUAAAGGCUGCCUCUCCAUGCCCCAGAGGGCUGGGGGCAUAGUAACUAAAGGCUGCCCUCUCCAUGCCCCCAGAGGCUGGGGGCAUAAGUAACUAAGGCUGCCUCUCCAUGCCCCAGAGGCUGGGGGCAUAGUAACUAAAGGCUUGCCUCUCCAUGCCCCAGAGGCUGGAGGCAUAGUAACUAAAGGCUGCCUCUCCAUGCCCCAGAGGCUGGGGGCAUAGUAACUAAAGGCUGCCUCUCCAUGCCCCAGAGGCUGGGGGCAUAGUAACUAAAGGCUGCCUCUCCAUGCCCCAGAGGCUGGGGGCAUAGUAACUAAAGGCUGCCUCUCCAUGCCCCAGAGGCUGGGGGCAUAGUAACUAAAGGCUGCCUCUCCAUGCCCCAGAGGCUGGGGGCAUAGUAACUAAAGGCUGCCUCUCCAUGCCCCAGAGGCUGGGGGCAUAGUAACUAAAGGCUGCCUCUCCAUGCCUUAAAUUGCACCACCAUCUAACCCUGCACCUAUACACUAAAAACCCACCAGGCCAUCCCAAUACUUUGGCCCUAAACGAUCCUACAACCAGGCCAUCCCAAUACUUUGGUCCUAAACGAUCCUACACCAGGCCAUCCCAAUACUUUGGUCCUAAACGAUCCCCCACCAGGCCAUCCCAAUAUUUUGGUCCUAAACGAUCCUAAACCAGGCCAUCCCAAUACUUUGGCCCUAAACGAUCCUACACCAGGCCGUCCCAAUACUUUGGCCCUAAACGAUCCCCCACCAGGCCAUCCCACUACAUCCCACUAACUAAAGGCUGCCUCUCCAUGCCCCAGAGGCUGGGGGCAUAGUAGCUAAAGGCUGCCUCUCCAUGCCCCAGAGGCUGGGGGCAUAGUAACUAAAGGCUGCCUCUCCAUGCCCCAGAGGGCUGGGGGCAUAGUAACUAAAGGCUGCCUCUCCAUGCCCCAGAGGCUGGGGGCAUAGUAACUAAAGGCUGCCUCUCCAUGCCCCAGAGGCUGGGGGCAUAGUAACUAAAGGCUGCCUCUCCAUGCCCCCAGAGGCUGGGGGCAUAGUAACUAAAGGCUGCCUCUCCAUGCCCCAGAGGCUGGGGGCAUAGUAACUAAAGGCUGCCUCUCCAUGCCCCCAGAGGCUGGGGGCAUAGUAACUAAAGGCUGCCUCUCCAUGCCCCAGAGGCUGGGGGCAUAGUAACUAAAGGCUGCCUCUCCAUGCCCCAGAGGCUGGGGGCAUAGUAACUAAAGGCUGCCUCUCCAUGCCCCAGAGGCUGGGGGCAUAGUAACUAAAGGCUGCCUCUCCAUGCCCCAGAGGCUGGGGGCAUAGUAACUAAAGGCUGCCUCUCCAUGCCCCAGAGGCUGGGGGCAUAGUAACUAAAGGCUGCCUCUCCAUGCCUUAAAUUGCACCACCAUCUAACCCUGCACCUAUACACUAAAAACCCACCAGGCCAUCCCAAUACUUUGGCCCUAAACGAUCCUACACCAGGCCAUCCCAAUACUUUGGUCCUAAACGAUCCUACACCAGGCCAUCCCAAUACUUUGGUCCUAAACGAUCCCCCACCAGGCCAUCCCAAUAUUUUGGUCCUAAACGAUCCUAAACCAGGCCAUCCCAAUACUUUGGCCCUAAACGAUCCUACACCAGGCCGUCCCAAUACUUUGGCCCUAAACGAUCCCCCACCAGGCCAUCCCACUACUUUGGUCCUAAACGAUCCCCCACCAGGCCAUCCCAAUACUUUGGUCCUAAACGAUCCCCCACCAGGCCAUCCCAAUACUUUGGCCCUAAACGAUCCUACACCAGGCCAUCCCAAUACUUUGGCCCUAAACGAUCCUACACCAGGCCAUCCCAAUACUUUGGUCCUAAACGAUCCUACACCAGGCCAUCCCAAUACUUUGGCCCUAAACGAUCCUACACCAGGCCAUCCCAAUACUUUGGUCCGAAACGAUCCCCCACCAGGCCAUCCCACUACUUUGGUCCUAAACGAUCCUACACCAGGCCAUCCCAAUACUUUGGCCCUAAACGAUCCUACACCAGGCCAUCCCAAUACUUUGGCCCUAAACGAUCCUACACCAGGCCAUCCCAAUACUUUGGUCCUAAACGAUCCCCCACCAGGCCAUCCCAAUACUUUGGUCCUAAACGAUCCUACACCAGGCCAUCCCAAUACUUUGGUCCUAAACGAUCCUACACCAGGCCAUCCCAAUACUUUGGCCCUAAACGAUCCUACACCAGGCCAUCCCAAUACUUUGGCCCUAAACGAUCCUACACCAGGCCAUCCCACUACUUUGGCCCUAAACGAUCCCCCACCAGGCCAUCCCAAUACUUUGGCCCUAAACGAUCCCCCACCAGGCCAUCCCAAUACUUUGGCCCUAAACGAUCCUACACCAGGCCAUCCCAAUACUUUGGCCCUAAACGAUCCUACACCAGGCCAUCCCACUACUUUGGCCCUAAACGAUCCCCCACCAGGCCAUCCCAAUACUUUGGCCCUAAACGAUCCCCCACCAGGCCAUCCCAAUACUUUGGCCCUAAACGAUCCCCCACCAGGCCAUCGACCUGGGAGGAUGGAACCCCUUCCCUUAAAACAAAAAAGAACGGCUAG